CCACAGGCCUGGGAGAAUGGAAGGUUCGUCUGCGCUGUCGUUGAGUUGUGCGCGUAUUACUUGAAAAUAAAAAAUUCGUCUACCUUGCCGUUGAGUUGUAUUACGACCUCAUUUUAGCUGCGUUCCGCAAGGUGCACGUUUGUAUGAGAUUUAUCUGUGAUAUUUCCCGCGCGAUAUAUGAGAUUCUCAGCGGCUCCUAGGAAUCGUACAAAUAUGGGUGACACCGGUCACGUUGAUGUGUUAAGCGGUGAUUCCGCGCGUUUAACAACGGAUUCUGGCUUUAGCGAUCUUCUGAGAUCGGCAGAGCAAUUGUCCGCAGCGGUCGAAGGAAAUGAGGAACUACCACAAGUCGAGAGAAAUCUUCGGCAGGUACUGGAAGCUUCCAAUGAAUUAUGGGCUCGUGUCACUCAAACCAGCACGCAGGACAACGAAGCACAGGCUCAUCUCUUAUUAGGAUCUCGAGGGAUAGAUUUGCCCCAGAUCUCACAGAAGUUAAAUUCGCUCAGUGCAAGACGUACAUUUGAGCCUUUAGAUCCUAUUGCGGAUACUGACAUUGUUAGCUUUCUCAGAAAUGAAAAGGAAAAUGCAAUCCUUUUCAUUAUUGAACAGGUUCAUAGAGAUACAUUUGAGCUUACUAGAACUGAACAAAUGGAGCAUAUGCUGGGUGAAUGGAAGCAAAUGCGUUAUGAAAUAAUAAAUGCCAUGACUGCACCAUCUGGUGAACUAGUGGAUUUACGUGGAGCACCACAACGUACAAAACUAGCUGGUUCAAUGGUCAGCGGUCUCUCCAACAUAGAGGUGGCAUAUGUGAAAGAAAUACAGAAUUAUAACGAUCAUGUACUUAGAGGUAUAACACGACCCAGCUUAUUCACUGCAUUCUACAAAGCCUCAGAAUCAUUCAAUGACAAGAAAAUCACAGAGCUUUGGCAAAUGGUGAAGUGUAUGGUUGAUAUCCCACCAACACCCAGAGGGGAUCAGAUAAAAUCUAGAAGCAGUCCAGUAAUCGAACAAAAAAUUGUUUCACAAGCUAGAAAGUAUCUAGAAAAUAGAUAUAGAGACUUUAUGAAUUCCAUCAUCAACGAUAAUCUGGCACAGGCAAAACGCGGCGGCCUUCCUGGCACUAUACCUUUGAUUAAGAGUUUUGUGGGUGUUAAAGUACAAAACUUGCCAGACUUGGAAGAUGUUAUGGUCGAGGAUAAGCCGUUGUGGCCGUUGGUAUAUUACUGUAUGCGAUCUGGCGAUUACAAAGCCGCGUUGCAGUGUCUCAACCAAUGCGCUACAGAAUUCCCGGAAUUCAAAACUGCGCUUGAAGAAGCUUGUGACGAUCCGCAGCAUCAUCCAAGCAAUCGCGCCGAGUCCAUCCUGAAGUUGCACUGCCGGAAACAAAUGCGAUCUGUCGGUGAUCCAUAUAAGAGAGCAGCGUAUUGCGCUUUAGUUCCUUGCGAACCUGACGAUCUCCACUCCGAAGUUAUAUCUACGGCAGACGAUUACUUAUGGUUGAAACUGUGUCAAGUUAGAGAACAGUCGGACGUUGAGAAUAAAUUGACGCUGGAUUAUCUGCAAACUACGAUCUCGGAGAUAUAUGGAGAAACUUAUUAUCAUGCACACGAACAGCCCUUUUUGUACUUCUCAAUGUUGUUCUUAACUGGACAAUUCGAAGCAGCCAUAGAGUUCUUGGCCACGGGUGCUGGAGCGAGACAUUUGCCGCACGCGGUGCAUUUAGCGGCUGCUAUGCACGAGCACAAUUUAUUGGCCGUCAGUCAGAGUGUUUUGGCGCCUCUGAUAAGUGUGGAUCCUGCUGACAAGCCACCGGCGAAAAGACUUAAUUUCGCUAGACUGAUAUUGUUGUACGUUAAAAGAUUUGAAGCAUCAGAUCCAAAGGAGAGCCUUCAUUAUCUAUUUUUACUAAGAUGUAUGAAGGACUCGUAUGAGCGUAAUAUGUUCGCGGCAUUUGCUGCGGAAAUGGUGGUAGAUGCUACUCCCGCAAACCGCGUUUUGUUAGUCGGAAAGCUUGACAAAGAUCGAAGACUACCAGGAAUCUUGGAUCAAUUCCAAAUCAACACGGACGACGUAAUAAAUAUAUGCGCCGACAUGUUAUAUAGGAAAGGUCUGCUGGAAGACGCAGUGGCGAUGUACGAUUUAGCAGGAAAUCAGGAGAAAGUCCUCAGUUUGAUGUGCACGCUUCUCACACAAGUAGUCAGCCAAAAAGGAAUACCUGGUUCUCUCAGAACACGUUUGCAAGUUACAGCCAUGGACAUUAGUACGAGAUACAAAGAUGCCGCAAUUCAAGCACCUUCCGAAGUAGUAUCUUCAUUUUACACUUUGAGGGAUCUUAUGGUUUUCUUCGAUCAAUUCCAUAAUGAACAAUAUCAAAGUGCGCUUAGAACAAUUGCAGAUUCGAAAAUGUUACCUCUCCAAGUAAAAGAAGUUGAUGAAAGAGUGAAUGCUUUACGACGAGUAUCGCCCGAAGUAGCUGGCACAUUGGCCGACGUUCUCCUAGCUACUAUGACAAUAUUAUAUCGUCAGUAUCAAAAAUUGCGCUCGGUGGAACCAGGUGAUGAGAUUGCGCGAGAGCAACAGUUGCACGAUCUUCGAGAGCAAGCCCGGGCAUUAACGAGUUUCGCAGGGACUUUGCCAUAUCGUAUGCCAAACGAGACGAACAGUAAACUUGUACAAAUGGAGAUUUUGAUGCAUUAAGAAGUCGACUGUUACUAAAUAUAAAAUUAAACCUUUAGAAUCUAUUAAAUCGAAAUCGACAAGUUUGUUUCAACCUGUGUAUGUAACAUAGAGUUUGAUGAUCAUUAACAAAUAUCACAUUUGGCAUCUGCCGAUGUAAGAUUAAAAUUUUUAGUAUUAAUUUAACGUUAACAUUCUUUCUCUCUUUAAUUUUAAAUAUAACAAGAUUGCUCAUUUCCAUCACCAAGUAUAUAAUAAUAAAAGUAGUAUUGUUUUGAGAUAACAGGUGAUUUUUGUAGGUGUUCAUUUCCUUCGUGUACUAUAUAUAAUGUUGCAAAAGAAAAUGUAUGACAGAAAAAGAGAUCCAGUGUUGCAUCUUAAUUAUUUUUGUAUUUCUCUUUGUAUAUAUAUAUAUGCGUGUGAUAUAAUAAAUACGAAUUUUUACAGAUA